AUGGAAGGAUGCGGGCGACCACCCCUAGCGAUUAAAGAAUGUGACGGGGCAGCUUCCCCGGAGAACAGCGGCCUGGGUUGUGGUUGCCGAGAAACUGCGUUCAUCUACUCAAUAACCAGCGCAGCAGUGACGCACUCGGUGGCGAGAUCGUGUAGUGAAGGAACAAUCGAAUCUUGCACGUGUGAUUACAAGUACCGCGGUGACAGUGGAAAUGACUGGGAAUGGGGCGGUUGCAGUGACAACGUCGACUUCGGCCACCGAUUCGGCAAGAAGUUCGUGGACUCGGGCGAAAAAGGACGAGAUCUCAGACAUGCUAUGAACUUGCAUAAUAAUGAAGCAGGGAGAAAAACCGUUUCCAGUGAGAUGCGUCGAGAAUGUAAAUGCCACGGGAUGUCUGGCAGUUGUACCAUAGAGACGUGUUGGAUGAGAUUACCGACCUUUAGAACGGUGGGAGAACUAAUCAAGGACCGUUUCGACGGCGCCUCCCGAGUUACAAUGAGAAACGACGGCAAUCCAAGCGAUCGCGAAACCGAAUCCAGCUUCGUGCCUUACAACCCAUCUCAUAAGCAACCUUCCUCACGAGAUCUGGUGUAUUUUGAAAACUCGCCUGAUUUUUGCGAGCCGAAUCACAAGUUCGGCACGCCAGGAACGAGAGGGCGGGAAUGCAACGCCACGUCAUUGGGCGUGGAUGGAUGCGAUCUUUUGUGCUGUCAAAGAGGUUCGACAACAACUGAAAUCAAAGUAAAAGAAAGAUGUAGUUGCACCUUUCACUGGUGCUGUAAAGUUAAAUGCGAAGAGUGUACGUCGUAUCGGAACGUGCAUAGAUGUUUGUAGUCAAGGUAACCAUGUCUGGCUCCCAUGUAGGUGAACCAGGCGUGAUGAUGAACUUGGUUAAUGACUGAACAGAGGAGCAUUAUGAAAUCUUGAUUUUAUUUUCUUUAAUGCGACGGCACUUCAAAUCAUAGACUCGGAAAACUUCGAAGUGGAUCUCAAUUUCUAGUUGGACAGGUCAUUAUUAUGAUUUCAAUAAUCAGCGAAUAUUUACUGUCCAUUUAAAGCCUGAAAUACCUGAUUGUGAAUGAACUCCAUGGGAGUUUGUUCUUUAAGAACUUUUCAAUAAACGGGCAUUUGAAGUGUGUGCCAAAUAACUAGACUCUGUUGAUAUUGUUUGACAAUACCACGUAAGAGUUCUGGUGUAUCGUAACAGGUGAUUGGCUGUGAGACAGUAUCAUGUGACAUUUUGUCUAAGCCAAUCAAAGAGUGGCGUGUGCAAGUGGAAGGCGCCAUCGUAUUCAAUAGCACCACUCUAUUAAUAUGAUCUGCUGUGAAUUCAAUUGUGACGCUAAUAGUAUAUAAUUGCAUGACAAUGUAUCUAAGAUAGUUAUUAUUUAUGACGAAUGUUUUCAUACUUGCAUUGCUUCCUUGUUUGUGUUUAUAUGUGUAUAAAGUGAUUACCACAGAUAAAUGUGGAAAGGAAAAUGGUUCAUGUAUAACGAUUUAUGUGGUACUACAGUACUAUUGAUAAAAAGAGUAAAUUCAGAGAAGUCUUAGAUUACUGAACGGAAAUUUCUCUUAUGAAAGGAAAACAAGAAACUGAUCAAUGUAGAAAGCUUAUCAACAGAUUAAUAAUGAAAAAAGACAGCUUUUCCACUUAUUGGUGAUACAAAAUAUUAAUUGUUUCUUAAAAACUUAAUGAAGAACAUGUUUGUUUUCAUUUGCCAUGUUGGUAUUAUUUCACUUUCAAUGACAGUGAUAUCAUUUAAUCUGGGUGUAAUGUAUCUUAAUGACAACGUAAAACUCACAAUCUUCAGAUCUCGAAAGAUAUAGUAAUAUACAAUUUCGUAUAAAAAAUUGUAUAAAUUAUUAUAUACAACGCUUUAGCCAAAA